UUGUGAAGUCAAGAGGAAGAGAUAGAUAGUUAAAGGUAAUAUUUGUCGGAGUGCUUUACUCUACUUUCAGUUUUCAACUAGUAACAAGUUUCGGUCACAUGAUAUGGAGCCUGAGCAGAUCCGGCCUGUAAUUGCUGCCUCUAUUCAAGGGAACUAACUGCAGAGAGUAUUUUUAUUGGCAUAAAAACCAAGGGACAGUAGGAGCAGAUAUGUUGAGGACACAGCCAAAGUUCGACCUGCACAGGGAUGUGGUGUCUGAUAUCCUCAGGAAGGAGGCGUCGGUCUGCAGAGUAGAAGAAUACUCUGGAGCCGUCGACAUUCGUAUUCUGAAUUUUGAAAGAGAUGGGGGCAUCCUUUACUCCUGGAAGGGAGCAACAGGUACCACCAGGAUUGGGAAAUAUGACCCGAACAGGAAGAAGAAUAAGCUCCUGUACACAUUUGACAAGCAGGUGUGUGUCAGCAGCUGUUCCCUGAACAAAGAAGAGACACUGCUGGCUGUCAGCUUGGCACAGAAUACCAGAGGAGAGGAGCGCCUCAAACCAAUAUCAAAGUGCCUGACUCUCCUGAUUGAGAUCCAUCCUAUUAACAACACUAAAGUCCUCAAGGCGGUGGACUUCAGAGUCAAAGUGCAGUUCCUCCAUCAUGAAACUGACAGAAGAUCAGUGCUGGAGAGCCAUCUGCUGCUGCUCACUGAAGAUAGAUAUGUGGAUCUCUACCACGUGAUGCUAACGAGGCAGGAGGGAUAUAGAGUGGUGAUAAUGAACCCCGAACGUUUGUCCAAGACGGCAGAGAGAAUCGUGGAGGAUUUUUGCUGGGUCCAGUGGGACAGGCACACGCAAAGACUCUACUAUCUCACAUUCAAGGAAAAGUUUCUGCUCCGAAGCGUUCAGUUUUACCCAAGCUAUAACUGUGAAACUGUGUUCGAGCUCCCUUUAGAACUGCCUGCCAACUCCUUCCGCACAGUCAAGUUUGCAAAUCUCGGUUUUGACCAUUAUCACACCGAGAGGCCGGAGCAGGAGCUUGUUAAGUUGCAAGUAUUCACAAAUAAAAUAGGAAGCAUGUGCGUGUGCUAUACCCAGCCUCUUCAAGACAAACACGAACUUCUCUACACUGUGGUUUUAGUUCACAAAGACUGCAGCAAGAAGUUCAGGGUGUCUCUGGGCAGUGAUGCAUCGCCACAGAAAGCCACCCAGCUCCAUCCGCUCUGCAUUCCCAUAGGUUACUACAUCCUGGUAUACCUGCAGGGUUAUUUCCUCCACUGUAUCAACACCAGGCAGCAGGAGAUGCUCUGUCACUCCCUCUUUCUCUCUGGUCGUGAUGUGAACCUGGGCCUGCAGUGUCAGUCAGCCAACAUCACAGUUUUGCAUGCAGAGGAUGAGUCCAGCGCUUGUCUGCUGGACCAGGCCACCGGCAGGAUUCACAGUGCCGAGCUCAGCCCCGCCUACCUGCUGAAGAUCCUGCGUUCAGACACAAGUUCUAGGUGUCCCAGCAAUAAGGCUGACCCUCAGCGCCUGGCUGCCCUCCACUGCCUGCUGGUUUACAUGGGAACUGACCCAAACCUGGAGCUAAAGGUUAUUGAAUGGCUGUGUGACAACGUGAACACCUUUGAAUCUUUUGAUCAGAUCCAGGAGUUUAUUUUAGCCUCGUUGUACAGAAUAAGCUACGAGAAGGCUCUCAGCUUGGAUAAAAUCCUGCCUUACUCCUCUGUAUUCGACAAGAAGGAGGUGCCAGAAUGUUUGCUGAAGGUUCCUGGUGUGUUUUGUACCACAGAGAUUCAAACUGAAUCUACCUUCAAAGGGAAGGCCAGGAGUCUCCAGGGCUUCUGGUCAGAGCUGCAGUGGAACACAGAGAGGACAAAAUAUCUCAAUGCCGAUCCCAACCCCCGAUACAGAACCUCACACAUGCAGGCUGACUGGGAUAAAAUGAGGUCCGAGAGGAGACCCUCCAGCCAGAUGAAUCACAUAGAGGAGAACACAAAGAAAGUUCUAUCAAUGGUGGACACCUGGAGUCUUGAUAAGAAGCUGGUGCCGCUUUUCCAGGAGGAGGAUCAUCAACAGAGGGCAUUCAUAGGCCUGACAGUUGACAAGCUUCGAGAACACCUCAGCAGACACCUUCCUCGACUGGGGAAGAAAAAGAUUGACUCGCUGGUUGUCAACUAUGUAGCCAAACUGUUGGAGCUCAUCAGACACAUGCUGGAGUCAGUCUGGCUGAAGUACAAACUCGGCCCUCGUGUUUUGUGCUUGACGCAGCAGGGCAGUCCGGCCGAGUGGUCCGUCUUUCACUACAUGCUUCGGAUCCUGGAAUCCACCCGGAGUCUCUGCCUGCCCCUCCCACCCGGCUAUCACACCUUGUUUGCUGUGUUUGCUGUGCGCUGCCUCCCUCAUCACACCUUUCUGCAGUACAUUGACCACGGUUUCCUGCAGCUCACCGAGACCUUUGUGUCUCGCCUCAUGACGGAUUUGGACAACAGUGAUGCCAAUGAGAGGCUGAAAUUCAGCAUCCUUAAGAGACUUCCUGAGCCUAUGGUGAAGAGGAUCUACCACAUGUGGGAUCAUCCUGUCAGUUCUGCCUCAAUCUCCAGAGAUUAUGUCAAGACUCUGCUGGAGAAACAGAACAAAAAUAAGGGACUUGCAUUCACGGGCACAGACAAGCCUGGCUUCAGACCUGAGUUUGUGCCUCUUACCUACCUGGCAAAAAUACUCUCUGAUAUAGAGGAAGAAGCUCCGAACCCCUUCGAGGAGCAGGAGAACGUCGACGCCAGGUUUGUGGAGGAGACGGCUCUGAAACAGACGCUAAUUCUGCUGGGUUUCGAGAGAAAAUGAUAAACGCGCAGAGGUGGAGAGGGACGCGGGGCGGAUGGAUUGAGAGGGAAAGAGAUGGGGAGGAAAAUGUGUUUGAGAGACCAGUCAUCAUCGAAGGGGCCUCGAGGACAAGUAACGGAUGGAUGGAUGAUGGAAGGAGGGAGGGCGAGAGAUGAAAAAUGAGCGGCGGGAUUGAAAGGCAGAGGCGUAGACAUAAACAAGUUCUCACUGUGAGAUGAUGAAUUAGGGUGGGACGGAGGGGUAGAUGGAUGGAGAUGCUCAGAAUAGGAGGCAGAGUCAUCACCCCAGUUUUCCCACCUGCUUUUCAGGAAAGAGCUGAGAUGGGUUGCGAUGUGCGAGGAACAGCUGCAACUUUACGCAAACCAAACAAAUUGUUGGCAACAGCAGAAAUUAGAAUACAAUAACCAACAUGGGUACACCUUCACUUACGGUUUAAUUAAACUUUGGGAAACUUUUUUUUUUUUUUGAAAUCGAAAACUGCAGGCAGUUAUUUGCAUCGUCUCCUCAGCUUCUCUUCUUGCUUUGAUAGAAUUUAUGAACAUUGAUGUCAAAUGCUGUGAAUGGUAAUUAUAAAUCACUUGUUUAACUUGCCGGGCUUCCUGUAAUGCUGCUGCACCCCAUCAACUUGAUUAUAUGCUGACAAAAGCUUUGAUGGUUGUGGUUUGAUGUGGUCAGUUGCUCUGGUUUUAAAGUGGACCUAUUAUGCUUUUCCUUAUUGUCUGGCAUGCAUGUGCUGUUACAGUGGUGGAUGCUCACAUCAAACAUGGCUGGAGUUUCGAAUGAUUGAGUCAGCAUAUGUGCAAGUUCUCUGUAAGCGCCAAAAGCUCAGACAGUUUCCAAGUUCAAAUUCAGAAUUCAGAAUUUCAAAUACAACUUACAAAAGAAAAUUAACAGAACUUUUUAAGCACUGUGAUUGGCUAUUCUUUGUAUAAAUGCAGUUCUCUUUCAAGCGUCAUUCAGUAUCUCCCUAUGGGAAGCGCCCUCUGCUGUCACCAUCAUGUAAGCUCCACUAUUACCAUGCACAGCCCAAUCACUUCAAAGAGACUGGGCCCCCACUAACCCCCUUUAUAAGAGCCCCUGGCCCCACACCAGGACUUCCCGCUUUCUGCCCUGUGGGGCAGGGAUAGCUCAUUAGGUAGGGUGGUGGCCCCUGAGCAAGUUACCGUCCCUACACACCACACUGCUCCCCGGGCGCCCAAUGGCUGCCCAUUGCUUCACUGAGCGAAUGGGUUAAAUGCAGAAAGGAAUUUCCCCACGGGGAUCAACAAAGUAUACAUUAUUAAAGAUCACUAGAACUCAGCCAUCAGAGUAGUUUGCGAACAUAGGUUUAGCCCCACCCAUCUGCUGUUCAAACCUUUUGUGUACAUGGAGCAGCCAAUCGAAAGAGCUUCUUAAAGGCCCACUAUAAGGAAUUAUUAUUGUUCAGAACUGUGACUCAUCCCAAAUUCAAGAAUAUAAUAUAAAAUAUGAGGCUGGAAAUGAGCAUAAUAGGUCCCCUUAAAUGCUGAUUUAUGCAGAAUGAUUUGUCUCUCUGACACCACAACUACAUAUCUAUAUGUUCAUUGUUUGUAACACUUAAUAGCUCCUGUUACCAAACCAAAAUAAAGAGAACACAAAAUCACUCCAUAACAGGCAGUAAGAGUCUGCCUCCACACACGUGUUCAGAUGCGUGCUUUGAAAAAUUGUGCUGUAAAUGUUCCUAAUCCUUUCAGUGCUUGGAUGUUUGCACCCUGUGCAUCAUCCAGCACUGAAUUCCACAGAUUAUUUACAUGUUGUGUUUUGAUUGCAAAACCAGUGCUCUGGAAGAAGGGAUCUCUCAAUCGCUCAUGUUUACAC